AUGGUACGAUUUUACCAGGCCAUUGCUGGCCUUUUACUCUCUACUGCUGGAAUAAUUAGCGCUGUUGCGCCGUGUGGUCAGGUUGCAGAGGCCCAGAAGCAGCAGAAGCAGCUUGAUCCAAAUGCUGAUAAAUUCAAUGUCACUGCACACCUUGCUCAUGAAUGCCUCGUUUCAGUCCCUUUCCGGCUGAACGACGGUUUGCGCCUGAUUGACACACUGCCCCUUUAUUGGGAUUGGCAGUCUACCCAGGACUUUUUGGCGGAUCCGCCAGAGGGAUACCCUUUGCCUCCCACCGACCUCAAGAGAGGUCUUGCAAAGAUCCGCGAACGGGCUGUCAGAGGCGGCUAUCGUAACGAGUAUGAAUUCCAAAACGAUGUGGAGUCUCUCGUUAGAUCCGUCCAUGACGGCCAUUUCUGGCUCCCACUAGACCUUAUCUCUUUCUUUAUCUUCCGUCGCACUGAGAUCGGCAGCCUUGUCUCUCUUUCAGAUGAUGGAAAAAAAUUCCCUAAACUCUACUCUAAAAAUGACUUGAGCGAAUCGGCCGAUGCACCUGCUAUUAAGACCAUUGAUGGCCAAGAUGCCAUACAGUGGAUGGAGAACUCUUCCCUCGAGGGACUUCAGCAGGAUCUAGAUGCGCUUUACAACGGCAUGUUUCUCAACCUCCCUCUGAAUAACGAAAGCAGUUUAGGCGCCUUCCGCUCACGGCAUGGCAUCUACACUGGCGACAACACCAAGCUUGUUUAUGAGGACGGAACUACGAAGGAGGCUGAAAACUACGCCUUUUUCACCCAAGAUCUCACUGGAGUCACGGACGGUGAUUCAUUCUAUGAAAAGUUCUGCACCGGGAGAGACAACUCUGGCGACCUCUUGCGAGCGGGCAAGGCUGAAGAGAAGUACAAGGAGCACCAUUUCUUUAUUGCCGGUCCUAUUCCAUCCCAAAACUCGCAACCACCAGCUCAUGUAGCUGCCCGCGAUCUCCCUCCUGUUCCUAAGCCAGACUAUGAAACUCCAGACGGCAGCCUUGCGGGUUACUUCCUCGAUGGUCAGCAUUCCAAUACUGCCAUUCUGCACCUCAGAAAUUUUGGUGGAGAAGCCAAUACCUCGCAGCCUCUCAUGGAUUUCAGUGAGACCACCACGAAAUUCUUGGAGGGCUGCAGAAAGACCAGGAAGAAGAAGCUUAUCAUUGAUGUCAGCGGAAAUCCAGGCGGUGUCAUCUUCCUAGGCUAUGAUGUCUUCAAGCAGGUCCUCCCUGAGGGAAAGAUAGAAACUCCCUCUAACAUGCGUGCCAUUGAACAGUUAAAUAUUACUGGCUCUAAGAUCAACUAUCUCCUUAGCCACCCCCAGGAUCCCAAAGCCCCUGAAGCCAAAACACAGAGAAACGACAUCUUCGACAUUGACGUAUACACAAAUACUGAUGGCUCCAAAUUUCCGUCCUGGGCCGCCCUUUAUGGGCCCGAGGAACUUCCACAGGGCAUGUUCACACAUCCCACGUUAUGGGACCUCAAUAACACCGAAGCGUCUGAAAGAGGCGGAAUCGUUGUCUCUGGCUACGGUGACCGCUCUCAUAUUGCCCCCCAGGCCUUCAAAACGGAGGACAUAGUUAUCGUCACCGACGGCAUCUGUGCCUCUACUUGCUCUAUCUUCACUGACCUUAUGAGGCGCCACGGGGUAAAGUUCAUUGCUGUCGGUGGCAGACCUCGGCCCGGCCCUAUGCAGGCUGUAGGAGGUGUCAAGGGCGCUCAGGUCCUUAAUUUCGGAUACUUACAUCACUUGGCCACUUAUAUCUACGAUAAGCUCUCUACGGAUGAAGAGCGGCUCCAACUGGACAAGACUCAAACGGGCGAGAUGUAUAACAAGGGUUCCUAUGUCUUGGGCCGGUUGCAUGAAAGAGGGAAGGACGGUACCAUCAACUUCCGCAAUGCCGUCUAUACCGAAGACAAGCAGCGUAUCCCUCGGCAGUUUGUGUACGAGCCUGCUGAAUGCAAGAUGUUCUUCACCCGGGAGGCUCUCUUUGAUCCCAAAGCCUGGUGGGGAAGAAUUGCACAGUCCUGGUGGGGAGACAAGAGUCUGUGUAUUUAG